AUGGGGCUGCCGGGUGGCCACGGCAUCGUGGGGACAGAACCUGAGUGGCUCGAGGCUGUUGAGCUGUUCCACAAGUCCAUGCGCAAGCACGACAAGCCUUACUCGGGCUUCUGCCUGGCUAAGGGUGAUUCGUUCCUCAAGGGGAAGAGCCACAUGUCCAUGUGCAUAGUGGCCGGAGACACGCUCAAGCUGGCUCUCACCCCCACCGGUGGCAAUGCUCUGUGCUUCUACUGGAUUCUCACGAUUCACGCUUACCGUGUUGGUCCGGUUCCAUUCCUCUCGCUCAUAAACAUAGAAGGUGAUAGUAAUAUUCCGACCCAACCUAGCGCCACUAGAAGAUCCCUAUCGGCGGUCUCAGAGUCCAGGGCAGCCGGAGCCGCAAGUCCACUAGGUGUCUAUUCUGCGCUCCCCAUUUCUGAACGGCCCGCGCGUGGGACAACCCAAUCAGUCACAUUAAUCUGUGUAGCGGACUUCUCUACUCGCCUCUGGAGUUUGACAGCUCUGCGCCAGGCUCUCUCCGUUGGUGGAUCCUGGGAGGAGCUACCCUUCCUGGGAAGCUGUGGCUUCGCUUUGUUGAACGGCAGGGCUGCUUUACUGUUCCGGCGUCGGGGAGGCCUCUUCUGUUUGCGCUUCGAGGGUUUCACGGUUGUGCGGGUGGCCAUUGUACGUGCGUCUGAAGGAAGUUGCGAGUGCAUGAUGCUGCGACGAGAAUUGGCUGCCGAUCAGACUGGGAUGAGGAGGAUAUCAGAUCAACUCUAG